AUGCAUUCUGCAGAAUACCUUCUUGGUCUUUCGAAUAUCAACGCGGAGUUGGAGGAGAUCCUGGAGACUUCACCCGUGACCCGCAGGCUUGACGCCAAUACCAAUGUCCCAGAAUUGAGGCAACGUCUCACGGCUGCAAAGAAAGAACAAGUUGCAGCCAGCACAGCAUUAUUGAAAGAAGUUUCGUUCAUCGAAGAGGAUCGUCAAAUAUCGGUCCGGGAUGGCUCUUCAAUCGGAGUCAGAAUUCAUAGACCGAAGAAUGCUCCUAGUGGAGGUAGCCCUGUCUUUGUGGUUUAUCAUGGGGGUGGAUUCUGUUUUGGUGGGUUGGAUAAUGAAACUGUUCUAUGCAGACAGUGGACGGAUCUGGGUGGAGUGGCGGUAAAUGUCGAUUAUAGACUUGCGCCAGAACAUCCAUUUCCCACUGGAGUGAAUGAUGCGUAUGAUGCUUUGAAAUGGACUGCUGCAAACAUAGAUGAGCUUCGAAUUAACCCCAGCAAAGGCUUCUUAGUUGGAGGAGUUUCAGCCGGUGCCAACUUUGCCUCUGUGGUCUCACACUUAUAUCGAGAUGAGAAAUUAUCGCCACCGCUGACAGGUAUCUACCUCUCGAUUCCUCCCGUCGUCCCUCAAAAAGUCGUGCCGGAACAGUACAAGAGUACAUACUUGAGCUACGAACAGAACAAAGACGCGCCGCUAUUGAAUAGGAAAAUCGCGGAAACAUUCGACAGACACUAUGGGGCAAAAGAGCUAUCGCCCCUAGCUACCCCAAUACAAUUCGCAUCUCACAAGAACUUGCCCCCAACGUAUUUCCAGAUCUGUGGCUUAGAUCCUCUUCGAGAUGAGGGGUUUAUCUAUGAAGAUAUAUUGAAAGAAAAUGGGAUUGAGACGAGGACUGAUAUCUAUCCGGGAUUACCUCAUGGUUUCUGGACAUGGUAUCCCGAGACCAAGUUUUCCAGGAAAUAUGUGGAGGACUGUAAGAUGGGUAUGUCUUGGUUAUUGGAAAAGUCGAAUUGA